AUGAAACCCAGGAACUUAUGAAACUACAGUCGCUACACAUCGCCGUCUCGAGCUCUAUAAAACCUCCGCAAUAUAUGCCGGCCUGCGUUUGUAAUCUUUCUGCCUCUUUUGCCACCGUGUGUUUUGGGCACAGCACAGCUAUCCACCGUACCCCGCGCGAACCCCGACCGAGCCUCAGUCAUGGCCGAACUAAGUGUCUACGACAACGACCCGACGAUAUACCUCUUUACCUCGCUGACCGCCGGGUCCUCUCACAUUGUCACUGCCACAUCUCGGAUCGAAACAAUCCUAAGAGCGAACAAGAUCCCUUUCAAGGGAGUCGACACGGCGACAGAUGAGCUCGCAAAGAAGCUGUUCCAGCGCAGAGCAAGCGGGAAGAAGCUACCGUUGAUAGUCAAAGAGGGAUACGUCCUGGGUGGCAUCACAGAGAUCGAAGAAUGGAACGAGUACGACGAGAUUCGAGAAGCGCUGGGCGUCACGUCAGCCUUCACGCCCUUUCCUGCGAAACCCGGCCCUCCUCCCAUGGCUGCGCCAGCUACGACCACCUCUUCCUUCUCAUCCACAAGCACAGCUGCGAAGAAGGACAAUGUCGUCAUACCUAGUCCAGAGACAAAUCUGGCGCUCCGUGAGCUAGGGGCUGAAGCUGCGAAGAAGGCCGCGUCGAUGAAGCCUACCCCAAGCAACAUCAAGACUACGAACCCAUUGCUGGCAGAGAAGACAAACACACCAACCUCGGCGACAUCGAAGAAGAGCCCUACGAAAGAAGACCCUAGCAGCAUUCUCUCGCCCAAAUCUGUCCCAUUACCCGAGACGCCCAAGCUUGCGACGCCUGCUACACCGACCGCGACCGAGACCGCGACCAAAGAUACAAAGGCUGCUGCUUCGACCGCCAAAGCAGAGGCUAAGCCCGCUGCCUCGAUCGCAACGACAAAAGACACAAAGAGCACGAAAGACGCGAAAGACGCGAAAGCCGCUACACCGAGCACGAGCAAAGACACCAAGGCGAAGGACACCAAGGCUAAGGACGUAAAAGACGCAAAAGCAAAGGACUCCAAGGCGAAAGACCCCAAAGCAAAGACCACCACAUCCUCAAAAGAUGCAAAGUCAAAGUCAACGAGAAAACCCGCAACAGGAGGACUCUUCGGCCUCGGAAAGCCCGUUGCCAAGUCAAAGUCUUCGAAACCCUCGAGCAGCAAAGACGCAAAGAGCAAAGAUACAAAAUCUAGGAGCGCAAAAGACACCAAAGCGGCCGCGAAACCGGGCAUCCCCAAGCUCUCCGAUCUGCAGAAACCUGUACAUGCGCCUCCGUCUAUGCACGAUGAUGCGAAGAACCCUGCGCUUAGUGCUGGACCGAUAAGCUCAACGAAUAAGGAGAAUGAGGAGGAGAGUGGUGAGGAGGAUGGAGACAGCGAGGAGGCAUCUGAAGAGGAGAGCUCUGAGAAGGAGGAGGAGGAGGAGGAGGCCGAUGCCGAUAAACCGGCAGCAGCCAAGGCCCCAGCAAAGGCAGACGCCAAAGCAACUGCAGCAACCGAAGAGAGCAGCGAAGAAGAGGAAGAUAGCGACGAGGAAGAAGAGAGUGAGGAGGAGGAGGACAGCGCAGAAGACAAGAAACCCGCACCGUUGGCUACAAAAGAGAAACCCGCAACACAAGCCAAGAAAGACGCCGAAGCGGAGGAGAGUUCCGAAGAGGAAGACAGCGACGAAGAUGACGAGGAGAGCUCAGAGGAAGAAGAAGAGACACCGAAGACGCAGAAGCAAUCUGCCAAGGAUGCGAGUAAAGCAGGUGUGAGCGUGAAGGACUAGAGAAGAAGGAGGUCUCAUGUGGAUAAUGGGGAGUAGACAGUGUAUAUAGUUUCAAGUGCAAGAUAGCAGUAUAUAAUCAAGUUUUGGACA